GCAGUUGUUGUGUCUAGUUCACACGCAAAUAAACAGAAGUUUUAAGCUAUAGACAAUUUAAAGUGAUCGUUUUUAUCAGUGUUUUUUGUUGAACUUAACUCACGGUGGCGCUAUAAGCCAGCAUUAAGAUGUCUGAAUCCCUCCGUCCUUUGGGGUGGAAGUACAAACGUCUGCUCCUGCGUCUAGAUAAAGGGACUCACCCUGGGUUCGCAGUUGCUAUUUGGGUGAACUGUCUUUGUUCGCUUUAUUCUUCAACCUUUUAAGAACUUAUCGUCGACGAUGGAUUCGAAAAUACUCGUAUUUCAAACGUGCGGGUUUCAUUUCCUCCUUUUUUUGCAUGCCGCAUAUGGAGACAUGAGCUAUUCUUUUCCAGAGGAGAUGAAACGAGGAUCAGUUAUUGGAAAUAUGGCCAAGGAUCUCGGGCUGGACACGGGCGCGCUCUCUAACAGAAGAGCACGUAUUGACACCGAUGGGACUGAUAAACGUUACUGUGACAUAAACCUGAAUAACGGAGAGUUGACUGUUGCCGACAGGAUUGACCGAGAGGGGCUUUGUGGAGAAAAGGCUUCGUGUAUUCUAAAACAUGAGCUAGUGCUGGAAAAUCCUCUCGAGCUACAUCGGAUCAGUUUUCACAUUAAAGAUAUUAAUGAUAACUCGCCACAGUUUAAAGAAGCUUUCAUCAAUUUAGAAAUCCGAGAGUCGGCAGUCAAGGGAGCUCGUUUUGUGAUAGAGGAGGCGCACGAUGCGGAUGUAGGAGAAAAUUCAGUUCAGCAGUACAGCCUCAAAAAGAAUGAUAAUUUCGUUUUGUCCGUUGAUGGAAAUACAAUAGAGCUUGUUCUUGAAAAGGAGCUUGAUCGUGAAAAACAACAAGAGAUCAAUUUGCUCCUUACAGCUCUAGAUGGAGGCUCCCCUCAGAGAUCAGGUACUGUGGUCAUACACGUCACUGUACUGGAUGCUAAUGAUAACGCCCCAGUGUUUAGCCAGGCCGUUUAUAAAGCCAGUCUGCCUGAGAACUCUCCUGUAGAUACUGUAGUGGUCACAGUGAGUGCUACUGAUGCAGACGAGGGAGUGAACGGUGAUGUAACAUAUGAAUUUGGACAUGUUACUGAAGAUGUAAAGAAGAUAUUUAGUAUUGACCGUAAAGUAGGUGAGAUACGAGUAGUUGGUGCUGUUGACUAUGAAACUACGACCUCAAUGGUUCCUCGUUCAGCAGAUGUGGGCUAUCUGGUCACUAAAGUGGUGGCUGUUGAUGUGGACUCUGGACAGAAUGUCUGGCUCUCCUAUAAACUGCAAAAAGCCAAAGACAGGGCGCUGUUUGAAGUGGGCUUACAGAAUGGAGAAAUAAGAACUAUCCGCCAAGUCACUGAUAAAGAUGCUGUGAAACAAAGACUGACUGUUAUAGUGGAGGACAACGGGCAGCCCUUUCGUUCAGCUACAGUUGUUGUUAACGUGGCGGUGGCGGACAGCUUCCCUGAAGUGCUGUCUGAGUUCACUGACUUUACACACGACAAGGAGUACAAUGACAACCUGACUUUUUACUUAGUGUUGGCUUUGGCUGUAGUUUCCGUCCUCUUCAUCACGUGUUUAGUAGUUAUUAUAUCAGUCAAAAUCUACAGAUGGAGACAGUCUCGCAUCCUGUACCACUCCAAUCUCCCUGUGAUUCCAUAUUAUCCACCACGUUACUCAGACACUUUGGGGACAGGGACUCUCCAACACGUGUACAAUUACGAGGUGUGCAGGACGACUGACUCCAGAAAGAGUGACUGUAAGUUCGGCAGAGCUGGUAGUCAGAACGUGCUGAAAAUGGACCCCACUUCUACAGGGACGAUGCAGCGGAUACAGAGUGAAAAGAACAUCCUGGAUGAACCAGACUCUCCUCUAGAGGUUAGAAAACUGUAACAAACACAAUGUUUUAUUUUGAUACAAAUCAGUAACCAUGGUAUUGGUGCAUUCAUUCCAUAAUGACGUGUCCUGCAGUAGCAAUCCUACAAACAGCAUUUAUAAAUGCCUAAUGAGUUUAUGUUGAUGUGUCACUG